AUGAUGCAGGUGCUCACGACUUUGGCACUGCUCGGCAGUGGUGUUCUGCCAGCGGGUGUCGUCGCCGCCUCGGCAAGCACAAAGCCCUUGACGUCCAAGGCCGGACAGUCUGCCCCGAUCCCCAAUUGGCAUUUCCAAUCCUCGGCGAGCGUCGACAACAACCUUGCCGCGCUGUCCCGUUCGGGCGUCGAAACCUCGUCAUGGCACUUUGUCGACGCCCCCAGCUGCACGCUGAUGGGCUGCUUCCUCAAGUCGGGCGUUUACAAGGAUAGCGAGCUGUGGUUCUCGGAUGCGCUCAGCAAAGUCAACUCCAGCGUGUACAACGUCCCCUGGAUUUACCGUAACGAGUUUGCCCUGCCAAAGGGCCGCCCGUGGCAGCACUUUUUGCUCGAGACACACGGCAUCACGUCCAAGGCGGACCUGUAUCUGAAUGGACACGAGGUUGCCAACUCGAGUUUCCAGUCGGGCGCGUAUGGCGGCCACUCGUACGACAUUACCGGCAUUGCCCAAGAAAACAAUGUCUUGGCUGUCAGAACGUACAACACCAGCUACGACUACGACUUUGGCAUCAGCUUCGAGGACUGGAACCCGCCGGCCCCGGACCACGGCACGGGCAUCUGGCGGGACAUUGACAUUAGGCAGACCGGCCCGGUGGCCAUGAAGCCGCUGGCUGUUACCACUGAUAUCGACCUGCCGAUUGAGAAGCACGAUGCCAAGGUCACGGUGUAUGCCACGGCUCGGAAUCUUGAGAACCGCUCGGUCAAGCUGUCGGCCAAGUGCACAAUCUCGGACCCCAAAGGGAAGCAGGCAGCAGAGGACGAGGAGCACAUCACGCUGGCGCCGAUGGAGACAAGGACUAUUCAAUUCACCAAGACGUUGAAGAAGCCGCAGAUUUGGUGGCCGAAGCAAUGGGGCGAGCAGCCGAUCUAUAGCGCCAAGGUGGUCUUUUCCGUCGACUCGGCUCUCUCCGAUGCCGCGCAGACAUCCUUCGGCAUCCGCACCGUCACGUCAGAGGUCAACAAGUACAACGACACGAGCUUCACCGUCAACGGGUAUCCCUUCCAGGUGCUCGGCAGCGGCUACGGAGCGGACAUGUUCCUGCGCUGGGACGCCAGCCGGUUCACCACCAUCGCCAAGUACGUGCUCGACAUGGGCCUCAACACGAUUCGCCUGGAGGGUAAAAUGGAGCAGCCGGAGCUGUACGAGAUUGCCGACCGCAUGGGCCUCUUCGUGAUGCCCGGGUGGGAGUGUUGCACCAAGUGGGAGGCGUGGAUCUACAACACCGAGGACUUUUCCGACCCCCCCAUCUGGGACGACAACGACUACCAGACGGCGCAGUCCAACAUGAUCCACGAGGCUGCCGCGUUGCAGCCGCAUCCCAGCAUUCUGGCGUACCUCGUCGGCAGUGACUACUGGCCCAACGACCGCGCGACCAAGAUCUACGUCGACGCGCUGCGGGCCGCGCACUGGCAGACGCCCAUCAUCUCGUCGGCCGCCAAGCGCGGCUUCCCGCAGCUGCUCGGGCCCUCGGGCAUGAAGAUGGACGGGCCAUACGACUGGAUCCCGCCGAAUUAUUGGUACGACGUCGACCCUUCGGAAGAUCGCCUCGGCGCGGCUUUUGGGUUCGGCUCUGAGCAGGGCGCCGGCGUGGGCACCCCUGAGAUCGGCAGCCUGAAGAAGUUCCUCAACGAGUCCGACAUGGACGAUUUGUGGAAGAGUCCCGAGAAGGGGCUGUUUCACAUGUCCACGGCGGCUUCCAAGUUCCAUACGCGGACGAUUUACAACGCCGGGCUGUUUGGUCGAUAUGGCCAGCCUACGUCGUUGGAGGACUACCUCAUGAAGGCGCAGAUUACCGACUACGAAGCGACGCGAGCUCAGCACGAAGCCUUUUCGGCGCAUUGGACAUCUGAGCGCCCUGCAACGGGGACCGUCUACUGGAUGCUUAACAACGGCUGGCCGAGCCUCCAUUGGAACCAGUUUGACUACUACCUGCACCCGGGUGGUUCGUAUUUCGGGACCAAGACGGGAUCGCGCGUCGAGCACGUGGCGUAUGACUACGUUCACAAGGAAGUCUGGCUCAUCAACCACUCGUUGAACCAGAAGGGCCGUCGCAGCGUCGAGAUUGAGCUCAUCGACCUCGAAGGCCGGGUACUCUCCAGCAAGACCGUCAACGCCGACACGGUUGUCAACGGGGCAAAGACGAUUGCCGCCGUGGACAAGGUCGACGAGAUCAAGGACGUCGGGUUCCUGCGUCUCAAGCUGACGCACGGCGGCAAGACGCUGAGCCGCAACGUGUACUGGCUGGGCAAGCAGAUCGACGCGCUCAACUGGGCCAACUCGACGUGGUACUCGACGCCCGUGAGCGACUACGUCGACUACACGGCGCUGGGCGGCAUGAAGAGCGCCGACGUGGCCGUCAAGGUCGGCGGCAAGACGGGCGAGUCCCGGUCCGUGGUGCUGGAGAACCGCUCCAAGGUGCCGGCGUUCUUCGUGAGCCUCAACCUCGUGGACGCAGAGGGGGGAGACGUGACGCCCGUGGUGUGGUCGGACAACUACGUCACGCUCUGGCCGCACGAGAAGCUCGCGUUGACGGUUGAGGACUGGGAGGGGAGGGGCGCGGCGGUGCAGGUCAAGGGGGUGAAUGUUAAGGCGGCGGAGGUGAAGCUUGGUUGA